UGCGAAACCGAGACAGCCUUGUGCUCCAACGCUCCGGCUAAGCAGCGUUUUGAACCGCGUGACCGAAAUUUGCCGUGUAUUUGUGCUACGUGGCGUCGGGGGCCAUGCCUGCCACCAAGGUGACACCACUGCGCCGCACGUUGCUGCGGCAGCUGAGCAACCUUCGUGGCCCGCAUGUACACCGACACACAAGCUUUGAUGUCUGGGCCCUCGGCAUCACGAUCGUCAUUGGCGGGCAGUACUUUUCAUGGAACGCGGGUCUGGCGGCUGGCACGCUCAGCUAUGGCAUCUCGGUUGUGCUCAUGGGCGUCGCGUAUCUGUGUCUGACCUUGUCGAUGUCUGAAAUGACAAGCAUGCUGCCGUUUGCCGGUGGCGCGUACGGUCUCGCCCGGUGUACACUGGGGUACUACGUUGGGUUCCUCAUGGGCUGCUGCGAAGCAAUCGAAUACAUCAUGUACGUGACAUGCUCUGUCGUGCAGCUAGGUCGGAUGCUCACGACGCGGUGGCCCGACCUGGCCAAGUGGCAGUUUGGCGUGUGGUUUGUCGUGUAUGCGGUCGCGUGCGGGGGCCUCCUCGUCGGCGGCAAGUUGUUCUGGAGAUGGAACGCCGUGCUGGCGUUGACAUCGAUUGGAGUCCUCCUCGUGUACUGCGUUGGGUCGGCGGGGAAAGUCGACCUUGCAGCAAAUGCAGGCGGGGGUGCCCAUUUCGUGAUUGGCGGCGCCAUGUCGCUGAUGAAAUACCACCCCCUCGCCUCGUGGUUCUUUGUCGGGAUCGAAGCACUCAACACCAUGUCCAACGAAGUGCACAACCCCAAGGUGACCAUUCCACGAGGCCAAAUCGCGUGCAUGCUGACGCUGCUUGUGACGGGCGCGUCCGUGUUUGUGGUUACCAUCGGGUUGCCCCCUGGGAUGCCUGCCGUCGCGACCGAGCUCAUGCCCAUGAAUGUGGGCUUCGUCCUAUUGUUUGGCGUGUCGAGUUCGUCCGCGGCGCUCUUUUCCGUCCCGGCUACGUUUGCCACGAUCCAAGGCUUCAUUUUGGCGUACGCAAACAUCGUGUCUGCGCUCGCGUGUUCCAAGCUGCUUCCGCACGGCCUACAGCGGUCAUGGCGCAACUGUGAUGCCCCCGUGUUUGCUAUUGCGGGAGGCAGCGCCCUCAGCUUUGGGCUAUGCUUUGUCGACUACUACAUCGUUGGGCUAGACGGGAUACUGUUCAACGUGUGCAUGCUGUUUGCUUGCAUCGGGUACACGUCGCAGUGCAUUGGGUACAUCUACUUGAAGAAGCAGUGCGUAAGCUUAAGUCGUGGGUUCCACAGCCCGUUUGGCAUUCCCGGCGCAGUCGUGUCGAUGGUCGUGUGGGUCUUUACCAUGGUAUCCAUCAUUGGGUUUCAAGACGACCACGAAAACAGCUUGAUCGUGGCGCUGGCUAUCGUGGCGGCGCUUACGUUGUACUACCACUGCUUUGCCAAGUACCGCCAGACGUUUUCCGAAGACGAGCGGCGUGUGCUCUUUCCCGUGCAUGUUGCGAUCCUGAACGCCGCCCCACAGACUCAUCGUGCGCUUCGCGGCCAGUCGACGUCCGAGCGCAUGGUUAUGAACUUCAAUCCGUCCUUGAAAAAGUUGAUGUUUGUUCCCACGACAUUGCAUCUGUCAACGAUCAAGUCGGCGACCACGAUGCAGCUGCACGGGUCCAAGCUCCAUGAGGAUGCUUCGCAGCCUCCAGAAGCAGCGCCAGCUCAAGAAUGCCGAGUUGCCGACCGAGCCAGCAGCCGGGAAACUCCUCCGCCACGAAUGGUGCGAGCUCCAACAGAGCUCGAUCUCCAUCAGUCGAUUCGAAAAACUUAACUUGAAACAGAAGGAACGUACCCUGACGCUAUACAGCCUCGCAGUCUUGAUAUCGGC